UUGGACCACCGUCAGGCUGGCAAGUCGUCGUGUUGUCCGCGGUCUCGCGGUUUGUUGAACGGGUGCUGCUGCUGCUGCGUCGUCGUCGAAGGUAGUGUUUAGUGAAGUGCCUCAACGCCGGGAAGCAUUUUUUUUUUGUGGUGGCUGAUAACCAGAGGGUUAUGCUGGGCCCAGUGCCGAAGUAGGCCACCCUCAGCACUCUCAACGCUGCACUCGGUGCUGACCUUAAAGGGUACAACACAUUGGACGGUUCCUUCGCGGUUUCUUAUCGUGGCGCCACUAGCCAAAAAGGUGGCCAACACCAACCAGUGUUGCCUCAAUCGAUCGGUGGGCUACUUGGUGCACCGAAAACAGAAAGAGAGAGAGAGAAAGAGUGAGUGAGUGCGGUGUUGCGGGAAUAAAAACCAAGAAGACAAAAAGCGGGCCACCCUCGGGCGCGUUUGGAGCCACGCGCGAAGCGAAGGACGAGAAGGAACCAAACAGUGCCCCCGGGUUCCGGUGUGCGUACGGGUGUUUUUUUUUUUUCGUGUGUGCAUUAUCUUGUAUCUUCGCGCGCGCAGUGCAGUGAACUGUCCGCAAGUGCGGGCGUGCGUGCGUGCGUGCGUGCGCGCGACAUUGUGUAGCACGCCGGCAAAAAGGCCAGCCGAGAGACCAUACUGCCGAUCAACCCCGUUAUCCGAUCCUCAAUUCAACCUCAAUCAAUCCAGUGGGUGAAGUGAGAGAAAUUGACUCCAGACCACCGAGACCGCCCAGACGGGCCGGGUUUGCCGGCCGCGGUACACAAACGAGAAGCUACGCGCAUGUGAGUUCUAGUGCGUCUAAGGAUUGCAAGGACUGCAAGCGAUCGAACGACCGAACGACCGAAAACACCAAAGAACAAUCACAAAAACAUGGAUCCCACCGGACACAUUAACGAAGGUGGCCCAAUGAAGACGAAGAAUGGGCAAAAGUACACGAUCAACCAGCAGCCCCGUGGCCGUUACUGCUCCAACACCGCACUGGCCGUGCUGGGCGUCCUGUUGGCGCUGCUGUUUCUGGCAACCGUGACGCUAACGCUGGUGUUGCUGCUGCGGCAACCAGAAGCAAGUCCCGACUGUGAGGUCUGUUGGCUGCUGGAACUUACCACACGUGCUCCGUCCGAUCCGCGGCUCAACACCAAACAAUACUGGGGUGCCCACCAGCGGCCGCAUCCCACCAUGCUGGACGAUGGUGCUGACACGGACUACUCGGAUUGGAUGGAGGACGACGAUGAGACCGAACGGAGUCGGGUUUCGCAGUCAUCCGGCUGGUUGCCGAUCCACUACAGGUUGAUCAUCGAACCGAACAUCGAACGAUCGCUGAACAACGGUACCGUAACGAUCGCCAUAAAACCGAACCCGAACUGGGAAAAACCCCGGAAUCAGCAGAUACCGCCGAUCGUGCUGGAUGUGAAGGAAAUCCGGAUCCUCUCCUGUGAGGUGCUCGAUCCUGCCUCAUCCAAGUCGAUCACAUUCAACGCGUACUACGGUGUCAACAACCUAUCGUACGUGAUUGAACCGGUGCUGAGGGGGGCGCCCGGUAACCUCUCGGUCGAGCUGCAGUUCGAGAGCCGACUGAGCGAUACGCUGCAGGGCUUCUACCGUGGUUACUUCCCCGACAGUGAGGAACCGGGCGGUCGGAGCUGGUUUGCCAGCACCCAGUUCUCACCGAUCGAUGCCCGGCGUGCCUUUCCGUGUUUCGACAGCCCGGAAAUGAAGGCCACGUUCGCGAUCUCGAUCGUGCACCCGAACGAUCGGGCGAUGACGCUGUCGAACAUGGAACAGAUUGGCCACCAGUACGAUGUGGGCCGGGCGCCGGAUUACGUGCGGGAGGACUUUGCCAUUACGCCGCGCAUGUCCACGUAUCUGGUGGCAUUCAUUACGUCGAACCUGCAGCUCGCCCAGCGCUCGGAAGGCUUCCGACCGAUAGUGAACGUGUGGACGCGGGAUGAGGUGCGCCAGCAGGGGAGUUAUGUUCACCGGUUGACCAUGCGGUUGCUACCGUUUCUCGAGACGUACUUCGGGAUGCCGUACCAUCUGCCCAAGCUCGAUCUGGUCGCCGUGCCGGACUUUGGAUUCCGGGCAAUGGAAAACUGGGGCUUAAUCACCUUCAGAGAAUCAGCGCUGCUGGUGCCGGAAGACGACAACCGGAGCUCCUCGGCGAAGCACAAGGAAGCAGUGGCAUCGGUGGUGGCGCACGAGCUCGUUCACCAGUGGUUCGGCAACCUGGUGACGCCGCGCUGGUGGAACGAUCUGUGGCUGAAGGAGGGCUUCGCGACCUACAUCAGUCACGUCGCCUUGAACGUCAACGAAAAACGCUGGCACAUGUUCGAGUCGUUCGUGCAGAAGGAGCUACAGGAAGCGUUCGAGAAGGACUCGGACCGGAACUCCCACCCGAUCUCGUUCCCGGUCAACACCGCGUCCGAUAUUCGGCGAAUUUUCGAUCCGAUCUCGUACAGCAAGGGUGCAGCGAUCGUGCGCAUGAUGGAUAGCUUUCUUGGCGAUGUGGCGUUCAAGCGGGGCAUUCACCAGUACCUGCAGCGGUACCAGUUUGAUAAUGCGAUGCAGGACGACCUGUGGGACAUUCUGACGGCCGAAGGGCACCGGGCCGGUACGCUACCGACCGUGCUGGGCGUGAAGCAAAUCAUGGAAACGUGGACACUGCAGCCCGGCUACCCGGUUAUCACGUUCGAGCGCAAUGGCACCGUGCUUACCGUCUCGCAGCAGCGCUACCUGCUGCCGUCGCGCAAUUCCAGUGACGAUACACGCUGGUACAUCCCGCUCACCAUUGUGACGGAGUCCCAGCACACCCAUGAGCCGCUGAAGGUGCACUGGUUCCCGUACGAGAAUGCCACCAUCCAGCUACGGGUGGACGUCGAGUCGGACGAGUACUUCUACGCGAACGCCGACCGGGCCGGGUACUAUCGUGUCAACUACGACUACGUGUCGUGGAAGAAACUGACGAGCAACUUCGCCAAGCUGCCACCGCUCACCCGCAUGCAGCUGGUGGACGAUGCGUUCCAGCUGGCCCGGGCCGAGUACAUACAGUACGACAUACCGCUGACGCUGAUACUGGUCGUUACGCAGCAGUACCGUGACAUUCCGGCCUGGGCCGCCCUUUCCCGCUCGCUCGUCUACAUCAACCACAUGAUGUCGCGUGAACCGGCGUACGAGGCGCUGCUGGCAGUGAUGCGAUCGACGUUGCGGCCGGCGUUCGAUGCGGUUGGGUUCGAGGACCGCACCGACGAUAGCCACCAGGAUAUGAUACACCGGGAGCGCGUGGUUAACCUUGCCUGCCACUACGGCAUCGACAAGUGUUCGGUACAGGCGCAAACGCUGUUCCGUCGCUGGAUGACCGAUUACCGGGACAACCGUAUACCGCCCAGCCUGAAGGAGACAAUUUACUGCACCUCGCUACGGGACGGUGGUGUGCCGGAGUGGAACUUUGCCUUCAAGCGCUACCAAGAGACGGACAGUGCGUCGGAGAAGGAAAUCAUUCUCAACGCGCUCGGGUGCACCGUGAAGCCGUGGCUACUGUCGAAGUAUCUCAACAUGACGAUCAAUCCAGCGUCGGGCAUUUUGAAGCAGGAUGGUGUACGCGCGUUCCAGGCUGUCGCCACCAAUUUCGCUGGCAGCGAUAUCGCGUUCAACUUUCUCUACGAGAACAUUGCCGAAAUUAAUGCCUACUAUGGUGAUGGCUUUUCGACGCUGUCGAAAAUGAUCGACUCGGCCACGCUGCUGAUGAACAAACCGCACCACAAAGAGCGAUUCGAUCGGUUCGCGUACAAGGCGAAGCAGCUGGGACUGCCGACGAUCGAGAAGUCAAUCCGGCUGGCUAAGGAGCAGAUUCUCAACAACAUCUACUGGCGCUCGCGCUCGUACCAUCAGCUGCAACACUUUCUCGUGCAGCUAAUCAAAGAUUUGAACUUCAAUAUGUACUAGUGGCGGCGACGCUCGCCCAUCUACGGCGUGAUUUGACUACAAGUUGCAAAGCUCUUUUCAGUAGGUAUUAAGACACUGUCAAACGAUUAAUGGUAAAGCUUUCCAAAAAAAAAAAAACAACAUUUAAACGAUUAGUGAUUAGUGUGAAAAGUUCGGAAGCCAUCGCAGCAGCCGUUAAGUCGAUGGGCAGUACUGUCAACCAAAUAUGCCUCGCAUCGAAAACAAAAGAAAAGAAAAAACAAAAAACAACGAACCGAGAAAACGUUGUGCCUUUUUUAAUCGGUUGCACUCGCCGUGCCACCGGUGUUCAAUGUAGCCAUACCAGCGCACCGGGCUUUGUGAACGUCAAUUAAUGUCUUGCUAGUUGUUCGUUCUGGUGGGCGCUUUAAAAACAAUUAUACGCUUUUCGGCCGUACCCGAUACCAAAACAAACUGUAGGCAACAGUCACCGCGUGACCACAUGCGCCGGUAGUUGGUCCAAAUGGUGUUUACCGAUGUGAUUUGUGCAGCUGUUGCGCUGUAUUCAUAGAAGUAAUGCUCGUAAGUGGGAGCAUCGGUGCCUCGUAGUUUUUAAGCACACUUAAGAUUUGUCUGAAGAAAGGCAGUUACGAAAAACAAAAAAAAAAAAAACUAAGGAACGCAAGCCAACAACGACGUUCAUACUAUUUUUUGGAGACUGUUUUAGGUGUUAGCGCUGAUUAACUCCGUUAACGUGGACGAGUGUUCAGGCGAUCUAUAUUUAAUCUUUGUACCGACGCUGGCAAUAUGUACACGCUGUGAAAGAAGGUCGAAGGCUCAACCUCACUGUCUUCGGAAUGCACCAGACUUCGUGCAGCUUGCAUGAUGCAGCAUACCUUGUACGACGUAUUACUUGUUUUAGAACUAUGCAAACAGUAUUCAGUUUGGAAUUGGUGAUAGUUCGAUCAUACAUAUAUAUAUAUAUAUUCGACAGAUAUUUAACACAGUUAUCACGAUGCCAUAGUUUAUGAGGAAUUCAAUAAUAAAUAUCCAGAAUAGUUACCCUUAAGAAGAGGAAAGAUUAAGCACGGGCAACGGUGAGUGCUUAUCGUAUUUAUACCACAAUGCUUGCUCGAUAAAUAGCAACAUCCUUUGCGCGUCGCAAUAACGCACAUAGAACAGUUAUUUUCUCUUUAUCGAAACAGCAAGUGUUACUGUAAGCCAUAAUAAACGAGCGUUGAGCAUA